CACAGCUAUUGCACAUUGUUCAUAGUACUACUAGUUUUUGACCAGCUUCUAUUUUGUUUUAUUUAAUAAUCCUCUAUUUUUGUUCGUUUGAUAAUUGCUUCUUUUUGCAAGAAGGGCAAGAUUAGUUACUCAAAUAUCUUUCAAAUUCAACAACUUCUAUUCCCUUGUGCUGAUUCUCUCCUUGUUAUUAUAAGUAUCAAUAGUCCCAUAAGUAGAUAAAUAUCAAAGAGGUCCUUUGAGAGAAGAAUAUGGCAGAAAAAUUAGUGCAUAAAUCGUGGAUAAUUCAGUAUAACUUGCAUUCUAUUUUAGGAAUCAUCCUCUUGGCCUUUCUUUUUGUGUCUUUUUAUCUUAUAGGGGACAAUAGUGAUGGUGCUAGAAUUCUAGCAAAUAAGCCUACAAGAAAAAAUUCAUCUCCAAAAUGUAAUUUGUUUGCUGGAAGUUGGGUUUUUGAUAAUGUCUCAUAUCCUCUAUACAAAGAACAACAAUGUUCUUUCAUGGCUGAUGAUUUUGCUUGUCAUAAAUUUGGAAGAAAAGACUCAAAAUAUCAUUAUUGGAGAUGGCAACCUUAUGAUUGUGAUCUUCCAAGGUUUAAUGCCAAGGGAUUGUUGGAGAAACUAAAAGGGAAGAGAGUAUUGUUUGUUGGGGAUUCAUUGAAUAAGAACCAAUGGGCAUCUAUGGUAUGCUUAAUUGAAUCCUCUGGAAUUCCAUCUCUCAAACCACCUAUCUGGAAAGGCAAUUUGAUCACCUUUGAGGUCAAGGAAUACAAUGCAACAAUUGAUUUCUACUGGUCACCAUUGCUAGUAGAAUCCAAUUGCGAUGAUCCAGUGAAACACCGUGUCCGAGAUCGAAUUAUCAGAAUUGAGGGAAUCGAAAAACAUGCCAGGCAUUGGAUUGAUGCCGACAUUCUCAUCUUUGAUUCCUUCACCUGGUGGCUUGAACCCAAAAUGACACUUCUGUGGGGAUCUUUUAAUAGCUCUGAGGCAAUCUACAAAAAGGUCGGAAUGAAGUUGCGCCGCUAUGAGAUGGCCUUGAGAACAUGGUCAGAUUGGUUGGAGUUUCAAAUUGACAGAAAAAGGACAAGAGUGUUCUUCAUGAGCCUCUCUCCUUCUCACAAAAAUGCCACAGAUUGGGGCAUGGGAAAUGGUCAAAGUUGCUAUGGUGAAACAGAACCAAUAUCAAGAACAAAGUAUUGGGGAAGUGAAACUGAUAGAAACAUGAUGGAAAUAGCAGAGGGCUCCGUAAAUGGGCUGAAGAGAAGGGGAUUAGAUAUAAAAUAUCUUAGCAUAACACAACUAUCAGACUAUAGAAAAGAUGCACAUCCAUCAGUUUACAAGAGGAAUUGGGUUGCUCCAACAAAAGAGCAACUGUUAAAUCCAAGGAGUAAUGCAGAUUGUGUACAUUGGUGUCUUCCUGGUGUGCCUGAUGUUUGGAAUCAGAUUCUUUAUGCAUAUAUCAUGGACUCCUCAAGAGAAUUAAAGCAAUAGAUUUUUUUAUUUUUAUUUUUUAUGUGAAAAGAAAAAUCCAGUGAAAUUGUAAUGA